GGCCGGCUGACGGGCGGCCAGCGGCUGCUGUGCGCGGGCGCGGCGGGGGCGCUCAGCCUCUGCCUCACCGCGCCGCUCGAGCUCGCCACCGUGCUGGCCCAGGUCGGCGCCGCGCGGGGCGGGGCCCGGGGGCCGUGGGCCGCGGGGCUCCGGGUGUGGCGCGCCGAGGGGCCGCGGGCCCUGUGGAAGGGGAACGCGGUGGCGUGCCUGCGCCUCUUCCCCUGCAGCGCCGUGCAGCUCGCCGCCUACCGCAAGUUUGUCAUACUAUUCACGGAUGACCUGGGCCAUAUUUCCCAGUGGAGCUCCAUCAUGGCUGGGAGUCUUGCAGGCAUGGUUUCCACCAUUGUGACAUACCCUACAGACCUCAUCAAAACCCGGUUGAUUGUGCAGAACCUGCUGGAACCAUCUUACAGAGGGAUCCUCCAUGCUUUUUCUACCAUUUAUCAACAGGAAGGGUUCUUAGCCCUGUAUCGAGGGGUUUCCCUUACCGUUCUAGGUGCUCUCCCCUUCUCCGCUGGCUCCCUUCUAGUUUACAUGAACCUGGAGAAACUCUGGAAUGGACGCCGAGAUCGGUUCUCUCCCCUCCAGAACUUCGCCAAUGUCUGCUUGGCCGCUGCCGUAACCCAGACGCUCUCCUUUCCUUUCGACACGGUGAAGAGAAAGAUGCAGGCUCAGAGCCCGCACCUUCCCCACCAUGGAGGAGUGGAUGUCCAUUUCUCAGGAGCAGCGGACUGCUUCCGGCAGAUAGUCAAAGCCCAAGGGGUCCUGGCGCUCUGGAAUGGACUGACAGCCAACUUGCUGAAGAUAGUUCCAUAUUUUGGAGUUAUGUUUGGCACCUUUGAGUUCUGCAAGAGAAUCUGUCUUUACCAAAAUGGUUACAUUGUGUCUCCUCUGAGCUGUAAAUUGACCCCAGGGGUGGAUCAGAGUUUGAAGCCCCAGGAAUUGCGGGAACUUAAAAAGUUCUUCAAAACUGGACAACUGAAGUCUAAAAAACCAACUCUGUGAAACUGAAUGAAACAAGAAGUGCACUGACCGAAGGCGUGUUAUAAUCAUUAAAAAAAAUGUCGCCUCAUAACUGUGUGUGCGCAGAGUGGCGAGAGGAUACUCCCAUCUGCUGCUCUUGGAAGUGAGAAGAUUCAGCCACAGAACCAGCUCCAAGCUCCAAACUGAUGUCCUGGUGAACGCCUGUGCCAUGGAAAAGCUUCCCAACAUGACUGCUGCAUGGUGGCCUUCACCAGAUUUUAUAACAAAACCUAGUAUUAACGAAACGUGCGAGUAUACUCCGUAAAUGUGCAACUUACACGACACCAAAGAAAGGGCAUCACCAUGACCUCAGAGUCUCAUGUCCUCGAAGCGGCUGAGCAAAUAGCACAUCAGGAGCUCAGCCACAGGGUUGCAGCUUGCGCUAAACCCACACUGGCCUCGCGUUGCUCCAUUCGACCCGAGUCUUCCCAACAGGCUUGUUUCUGAAACUCCUAAUGUUUGCUGACUUCUGCGUGUGCACGCUAUAGCAUAAAUUAUACUUUACCAGAAACUAAAAGGGGCGCCUGGGUGGCUCCGUCGGUGAAGCGUCUGCCUCCGGCUCAGGUCAGGAUCCCAGGGUCCUGGGAUCGAGUCC